AUGGCGCCCAACGCAACCGCCAAUGGCAGCGUUGGCAUGCCUCGAAUUCAGGACGUCUUACGCACCCCAGAGGACUUGGAAAAAGUAAUCAGCUUGAAAGCCGAGAUCAACCGCAAGAAAGGCGAUGUGGAUGCAAGAUUACGAGAAGGAUUGAAAGAGCAUCUCGACAACACUCAGAAUGGCAUGUCGACCCUAUCCGAAGGACAAAAGCUGGUCGGACAGAUCAAGGAAGAGAUGAAGAGCAUUCAUGAUCUUUGCGAGCAGGCACAGGCCAUCAGAAAGAACUUCCCUCAACUUGACUACCUCGCACGAGUACACCGGAACUUUGAGGCAACAAGAGCAAUGCAGGCCGGCCUGGACACCUUCGAGAAGGACUGCUCCCUUGUGCAGAGACUCUUGGAAGAUGAUGAGGCUGAUCUGGAAAAUCAGCCUAAUCUACUCGAGGCACACAUGCGAUUGACUCGCCUACGUGACUUUCGCGAUGAAGCCUUGGACCAGAUAAGGAGAGGCAAGGAUGCCAGUCUAGAGCAGACCCUCCUUGAUUGGUUUCAGCAACUAGAUGGCAUCAUUGAUAUGUUCGAUGAUCAUAUCGGCCAGGUUUGCAUGAAUCUUAUCGAGCUGGUGCAGAGGGACAACAACGGUAUGAUCGUUCGUCUUGCCAUUGUCAUCGCAUCUGAGGAGAAGAACGAUGAUCGAGUUCGUGCUCUACAAGAUGCACAGAAGGAUCAUCAGGAUCUAGUAAGCAAGUUUACCUCGUUCACUAUUGGACCCAAAACCAUUCGUGGUUACAAAGAAAAGUUCCUCCAAGCUAUUGAAGCUGUUGCCCAAGCGAAGUUUGAGGAGACGAGACAACAAUUUCAGGCCGAUCCAGAUCAUCUGGACAAGCACACCAAAUGGUACUUCAAUGACCUGUUUGUCUCUAAGCAAGGCAUGCAGAGCCUCUUUCCGAAAAAGUGGAAGAUCUACAACACCUACGUGAACAUCUAUCACAAACUCAUGCAUGAUUUUCUCAUUUCAUUCGUGGAUGAUGAAAAUAUUCGGUCACCGAUGAUGCUUGCUAUUGUUCACUAUGUGGAAGUAUACUACAAGAAAAUGAAGAAACUCGACUAUUCGCAGUCUCAGCUGAAACCACAUGUCUUGGAUUCACGGGAAGGAGAUCUGAUUCGAGACUACAGAAAUCUCAUCACGAAGGCUCUCAAUUCUUGGAUUGACCGAAUGUAUGUCACAGAUAGAAAGAACUUUACUUCCCGAUCAACGGAAGCGAUCGAGCAAGAUCCAGACGGACACUUCAGAACUAAAACGCUGGGUGAUAUGUGGCGAAUGUUACACGAGCAGGCUAUGGCAGCAGGGGAGUCUGAACGAGAAGAUGUCGUUGAAGGCGUUAUGAGUGCCAUGUUCAGUGCCCUCAAAUCAAGACAGCAGCAGUGGGAGACAGUCAUCGAUGAAGAAGUCGAUCGUUACAAGAAUCCUUCGCCAGAACAACUGGAAACAUUACAACCACUCCAAGACUCGCUCCUGGCAAUUGCAAAUGAUCAAAUUGCCUGUGUCGAUGAUGCAGCUGGAGAUAUUAUAGACGAUCCCACUGCACAGAAAGGGUAUCUGACACGCUUCAAAGAAGACUUCCUCAAGCUAUCAACACCCCCAUCUGCCAAAUAUAUGUCUACGAAUGGAACCACAGAAUUGGAUGCUCUUCGGGAUGGAUAUGUCGAUCUGGCCACACAUUGCAUUAAUCGCUUCGUCCUAUUGGUCUUUAGGGUCGACUUCCGAACCAUCUUGACGGAACUUUUUGUGCCAGGAAAGUGGUAUGAGCAAUCUGCAAUCCAACGGGUUACCACUACUUUCGACGACUACAUCUCGGAUUAUAAUGCUGUUCUCCACCCCUCCCUUUUGGACAUUAUGAUUGAAGAACUCUCUGACGGUCUUUUGAUCCAAUAUUUGACAGCAAUACGGACGAAUAAAGGUGUCAAAUUUAGGCGAGGUGAACCAUUUCCUGCUAAGUUUAGGGAUGACGUUCUUGCAGCAUUCGCAUUCUUUGAAAAGUAUCCUGAUGCGUUUAACGAGACUAUUAAACCCAAGUGGAAAGCUGUCAACUUCACUGUCCAGCUCCUUGAGGUUGACAAGGUUGAAGUGGUUGGCGUCUUUCAACGUUUCAAGAACGAGUUUUGGGAUCUUCAACUUUCGUGGGUUGAGGGAGUAUUGAAGACCCGUGAUGACUGGGAUCGUGCGACGAUCACUGCUGUAAAACAGGCUGCCGCAAGUACAUACACUGAAAGAGGAAUGGAUACCAUAAUGGGUAAGGUCAAGUGA